GCAUACUUGGCCGCCUUCUGAAGCACAGUUGCACUGUACCCCAAAAACUGUUAGCGCGAGCUGCACGACAUCCUGCUGAGGAGUGGCCUGAUGACAGAAAAAUAGCUGCGCUUCAUAUCUAUUGUCAUGGCGAGCCUGACCAGCGCCGGGCCGACGGGCUUGUUGAGUCCGCUCGUUCCGUUUGGCGUUCUCGCCCUCACGCUAGUGGCUCUAGCCACUGUGGCAAUAUAUUUCCAGAUUAUGAAAGGUGGCCGUCCCAACGAGUCACGGCAGCACGCGGCUCCAGGACAAGCGGACACCAUGCUUCGCGAGGCGUGUGGAGUUCGAGCCUCGCGAAGCGAGGCGGAGGUCUUGGAGUAUAUCUCCAACGCGCCGACACAACCUACUCAAUCAUCAGUAAACGACGACUGCGUGGCAAUGCGUGACCAUGGGUUCGACUGGGGCUCCGACUCCGAGGAGUUCAGUCAGUUCACCACCUCGGAGCUGCUGCUGCGCUCGGGAGUGUCAGGAGACCUUGCGCCGGCCUCAGUUACCUCGGGGCCGCUAUCAUGCAGCGAGUCACCGCUCCUGCAGCACCGCCUUGCGCGGAGCUCUCUUCUCAGCAGUGCCUCCCUGCGGCCUCCGGACGAACCAAGCACACUCAGGCACCUGCCGCCUGGAGGUUCCCAACAACCAGCACCUGCACAGGGUGACAUGGGGGAGCUGACUGCUGCGGAGCUGACCCCAGGCGCAGACUGCACCUCCUCGCCCCUACCACUGGCGCCUGUUCCGCCGCCGUACACUUCCUUCAUUAGGUACCGGACCUGGUUCGCCGAGCUGCCUGGAUAUCAGCCCUCCCAGCUCACGCCCGGUUGGCAGGAGCGCUUGCGGCUCUUGCUGACUGCUCUCAACAGCAACGACACCGACAGCGCGUACAUGGCCGCCGCCGCCACCGCCGGCCACAGUGACGGCCCUGCUGUGGCGGGCGGCACCGAUGCGGCCGCUGGUGCAGAGGGGGCGGCAGAUGAGCAGCAGGAGCAGGAGCAGUACGGAAGCAACCGCGCGCUGCAUGAUCUCAUGCGCCGCCGUGACGAGGCCGUUGUGGCUGCGGCCGUCGCCGACGUCGCCGCGCGCGCGGGCUCGUCGCAAGGCCUGCGGGUGCGGAGGCGCGCGGCCGCCGCUCGGCUCGCUGCCGCUGCCGCUGCCGCUGCCGCCGCUGCUGACGACGGUAUCGGCGGUGGCGGUCGGGCGCCGCUACCUCGGUCGGUGCGCUUGGCGGGUGUGUAUGUGCGCGAGGGCUGCAUCGAGCUGCUGGUGGAGGAGGAGCUGCAGGACUGGCAGCGGGAAUGGGAGUGGGGCAGUGGGCUGUCGGCAGAGGCCGAGCCCGAUGCAGUCGAGGCGGCUAAGGAGUCGGAGGGGGUCCUGGCGGGUGCUGCGCCCCGGCGGCGGCUGCUGCCGCCGGACCCAGAGCUCCAGCUAGCGGUGGCAGCGGCGGCGGCGGAGGUGACGACGCCGUCGCCGCGGCUGCAGGCGGCAGGCAAGCAGCAAGACGGCAAGGGCGGCAGCACGAAAGCUGGAUGCUGGUGCGACAGCGGCGACGACAUUCCCGAAGCUGCCCCUGGUGGCAGGGGCAAUACCGUCGGCUCCUCUCCGGUGUUGGAUAUCAGCGGGUGGCUCGCGGCCGCGGCGGCGGCACCCAGCAGCAGCUACAGCCACAGUAGCGCCGGCGACCACAGCAGGAAUACGCACCGGAGCCACGGUAGUGUGGACAACACCGCCGAGAACGGCACGCCGCUGCGGCAGCUUGCUGGGUUCCCGGCGGACGCGGCGCCAGUGCCGCCGGCGGGCUUUGCGUUGGCUGCCGCAUCGCCAGCUGACGAUACGUAUGCGGACGACACCAAUGCGGACAGGCGGCCACCCGUGGCGCAGGCGCUGUCAGUGGCCGCACUGGCGCAGCGGGGCCGGGAGCGGGCGCGGCAGCAGGCAGCAGAGCAACCGGAGGGCCCCUUGGUGCUGCGGGGCCGCGUGGUAGGCUCGGCGGCUGGCGACACCGACCGCAUGCGCACGCUGGUGUCUGUGGGCGUCACCCGCGCAGCAGCGGGCGGCGCUAAUGGCGGCGGCGGCGGCGGCGCUGGAGGGGCUGGCGGGGCUGGUGGGGCUGGUGGGGCUGGUGGGGCUGGUGGGGCUGGCGGAGAGGCCGCGGUGGACGAGGCGGAGCUCAUUGCCGCCAUCGUGGCGGCACUGGUGGGCCAGCGCAACGAGGCCGACAGGCGGCGCCGGCAGCAGGAGGGGCAGCAGCAGGAGCAGCAGCAGGAGCAGCAGCAGGAGCAGCAGCAGGAGCAGCAGCAGGAGCAGCAGCAGGAGCAGCCUCUGCUGCGUGACCCGCUGGCGGCGGCGGCCAGCGCGGCGUCCCACACCACUGCCGGCGGGGCUGCGGAGGGUGCAGAGGCACAGCCGGUGGCGGUGGUGCCGCCGGCCGAGGCGGCCGCAUUGCUGGCGGGCUGCCCCUUGGGUUUGGUGACUGUUGUCCCUCGGGUGCUGCUGGUGCCGCCGCCGCCGCCGCCGCCGAUGCCAUCUCUCCUGGCCGGUCAGGUUCAGCAGUCGGCCGCUGACGCAGACGCCGGCCGGCUGCUGCUGCCCGGGCUGCAGACUGUUGCCACAGCACAGCUGCCUGCGCCACCUCUGCCGCCCCUUCCGCGCACGCGCGGCCUGCCCGUGCAGCCGCUGCGCCAGUGCCUGCGCCUUACCUGCUACCCGGUCCGCCGGCGCCCAGUCCAAGCCGCCGGCGCCGCUGCAGCCGCCGGCAGCAGCGCAACCGCCGCCGCCGCGGCGCUCGUGCCCGCCGAUGCAGCCGCCCCAGCUGGGCUGAACACGAGCCUGCUGCAGGUGCACGUGCGCAGCCGCGGUACGUACCUGCGCUGCAGCACCACCUGGGUGCUGCCGGCCGCGGCGGCACGUGCUGGGGAUGGGCCGGCCGCGGCGGCGGCAGCGGCGGCGGAGGGGCCCGGCUGUCAGCCGCAGGUGGCGGAGGUGGAGCUGCAGGAGCCGCACCUGCAGCCCGGAGUCGCCAUGCUGGACGUGCGCUGGCGUGGAGUGCCGUGCGCGGCGGUGCCGCUGGUGCUGACGUCAGACCCUGAGCUGGCGCGCGAGCUGGCGGUGGCGGCGGCCGCCUGGCCUCGCUCCGCCGAGGAGCUGGAUGCGCUGCUGCUAGACUUCGGCACCUGGGAAUUCUACGUAACAGACACGAACGCCAUGGCGGCGGCGGCCGAGGCGGCGGCGGCCGAGGCGCCUCUGCCGCGCAUGCCGCCGCUGGCGCCGCUGGUGGUGCCGCUGGGCCGGCACCUGCUGGGCUACGCGACGGCGGCGGGCUGGCGGCGUGUGGCGGCGCGGCUGCGCGCAGACCUGUCGUGGAUGGGGUUGGACGAGGCCGCGGGGGUGGAGGUGGAGGUGGCAGCGCCAGCGGAGCGGCCUGCGGCCGCAGCGCAGAAGCUCGGCGUGGCGCCGGCGGCUGCCUCCGCGCCUGGCCCGGCGGAGACGGGCGCGGUGCUGCCAUGUGCAGACGUGUCGCCUGGCGCCGACACGGAGGCGGGCGCGCAGCCGCCAGGCGAGGCCGCGGGCGCGGCUGCAGCGGACAGCGGCAGCGGCAGCAAGCCGGGGCCGCUGUGGCGCCUGGGCCCGCUUCGCCAGGGUCGCAAGGGCGCGGUGGCGGCCGCAGAUGCCGCGUGCGAUGCCGAUGUGGUUCGUGGAAGCGGGAACGACACAGCGACGACGGAUCGUAACACGGGCGCCGGAAGCAGCCGUGAUAACUGGCUGAGCGGCGGCAAGUGCGACGGCGGUCGCAGAGGCGCGGCGGGCGCAGAGGUGGACGUGGAGGAUGAGACCCGGGCCUUCCAUAGGUUCGCGGACGAGGUAGCGCUGCAGCAGGGCCACAUGCGGUAUUUCGACGUGGCGUGUAUGCUGCUGCUGGGCCUACGCGUCCUGGCCGAGGCAGCCGCCCCCUACAUCACCACCACCACCACCACCACCACCACUGCCGCGGGCUCUGUGUUGCUGGUGCUGGGCGUGUCGACCUUCGCCGGCGUGGUGAGCACCCUGGCGCGGCCGCUGCUAUCGGCGAGCAGCUGGGAGGCACUGGAGCGGCGCUGCCGGCUGCUGCGCUACUACUGCUACGCGGGCGCCAAGGCGAUGGUGUUCUCGGGCAUGGGCUGGCCGCCGGGCGUGUCCGCCUACCUGCUCACCCCCGGCAUGCUGCUGCUGGAGGGCGUGCUGGUGUCGUGGGGCUCGGCGGUCCGGCCACGGGAGGGCAUGCUGGCGCUGCUCGCCAUGAAUCUGGCGUCAUUUGCACAGAUCGCGCAGAAGCUCAGCCGCGAGCGCGGCCGCGAGGCCGCGGUGGCGGAUAGCCUCUUCGUCGUGUUUGCUGACCGAGAUGCGGUCGCUUCUGCGGCGCUAAUUGCCGGUCGCACGCUGCUGUCCGGCGUCGCAACCAACCUCCUGUUCAAUGCCUACGUGCGGAGGUUGUAUAACCAUCGCAAAACGAAUGUCGAAGCCCGUAGCAAAAGGGCCAGCGCCAGCAGCCCAGCGGCGGCGGUGGCAGCGAAGGGGCUCCAGCUGCAGCUGUAAGGCCCGCUGCGUGGUUACUGGCAUCCAACAUGCGAAACGUGAGUGCCUGCCAUGAGACCGAAUGUUGAAUGAGCGUAGGGAAAUGAGUACGGUACGUAUGAGAUGGAAAGGUGCCAACGCUCUUUUACUGGUGUGUCUCGGAGACGAGGCAUGGUACUUUCUUAAGCCACUUACCGUAUUGAACUGCAACGCACAGUGCAACGGGGGGUGGUUGUUUGUGUUGGCGGCGGGUGCAAGUUUGGGGUCUCUAUCUGGACAAGGCGCGCCGACACCGCUAGCGCGGUUUGCUGAAACGGUUAUGAGGUUGAGGUAGGGAGCAGGUUGACUCCUUUGCAUGCUACAUUGCGUACUGGAGCGCCUUGCGGCUGCAUUGUCACUGCACAGCAGAUAUAUGCACCCAGCAAUGGCACACAGGGGGUAUUUGCAACAAGGAUUGAGACGUGGCGCAUUCAAGCGCACCCCCAAGCAUCGCUCUCAACUAACGAUCCUGUGGAAGCUGGUGCAAAGUAUCACUGUUUGCGAUGCGUGCGUGCGGCGCAUAGCUAUAGCCGAUGGUUGGAUGUGCAAGUGAGUUGUAGAUCCCGUUGUGGUGUUGUGUUAGCAUCGGAUCAGGGGCUGCGGAUUCCACUUUCCUUGAGAAAUGUAUGUUUGGGGACUCAGCCCCUGGUUUGCAGCGCAGUCACAGGGGGGUUGGCCGGGGCCCAGCGGCAGCGGUGCGGGUUGGUCCAUAUGAGUGGGGGGGGAGGGCGGGCAAGGUCACGUGGAGGAGGACAGCGAGGAGGGUGGGAAUUUUGGGGAUUGGCUGUUUUUGCGUGGUUGGGACUACCCGUUUCCAAGCACUGUUGCAGUUCCCUAGCGGGCCGGCCCAGCACUGCUGGAUGCCUGGGCGGGACAACCGGAUGGCUCGGCGGGGACUGUUGGAUGGCCCGGUCGGGCCGACCCGGGAAUGCUGGAUGGCCCGGCGGGGACUGCUGGAUGGCUGGGUCGGGGUCACCCCAGCACUGUUGAAUGGCUCUGCACGUAACACGCGGCGUGCUGUUAUGACUGCACCGCGGACCAGGGAGGAGCGUGGGGGUAUGCCAUGGGUAUUGCAGGGGUAGGCCGCUUUGAACUGCGUGUUUUUGUGCUUCCCAUGUCAUGUCCUCAGAAUUGAACACCUUCGCUACGCCUUAGUAUCAAUACUAUAAUGAGCUAUGUUCACGCUACAGCGGCCGUUUAUAGCUAAACGCUAAACCCCGAAACGAUGUCUCUGCGGAAGACAUCCAGCGUUCGCUUUUGUUUACCCCGAUGAAUUGUGCACAUGUAAUAGGUUGUGUUC